GCGGGUGUAUUACAAAAAGAGCUCCGUUAAAUCUUCAGGCAACUGCUUCAGAUUGUCACCUAAAGGAGAUCAAAGCAGUCCUGCAAGAGGUGGAUUAAUGACGGUACACUUGUACUGCACACAUCUGCACCAGAUUGUGAACCAGAGUCUGAACCAGAGUCAGAGUGUGCAGCAGAGCUAAAGGCGUGCAGAUGUCGUGCAGCCUGAGCGGAUCCUCGGGGGCUCGGGUCCUCCUGGAGGACGGGCGAGCCCUGAUCCUCGGCCGGGGCCCGCAGACCCGGGUGGCCGACAAGAGAUGCUCCAGGCACCAGGUGAAAGUGGUGGCUUGUUAUGCAGACCAGGAUGUGGUUGUUACUCAGCUGGGGCCCAAUCCCAGUUUCCUGGAUGGUGAGAAACUUGUCCGGAACCAGUCAGGGAAACUCAGGCAGGGAGGCACCCUCUAUCUGGUCGACCAGAGCCAUCCUUUCACCCUCAGCUUCUCUCUGAGCUCCAACGGCACAGCCUCCAGCAUGGCUAAGAGCGGGCUGAAGGCAACAGAUAAGACUAAAAUGGGAAGGAAUGGGAAAGAGGCUCAGUCCAGUCCGACGCCGAAACGCAGCAUUAAGGACUUCUUUCCCACUUCUCCCACAAAGCCGUCUAAAAGGCAACUGAGUCCAGACAAAGGACAUCCUGAUCUGAAGCGACAAAAAAGAGACGAGGAUCGGACGAUGGAAGACGAAGACGAAGAGGAAGCGAGGCUGGCAGAGGAAAAGCUCAAGCAUCUGCAGGAGUUUGCUGAAAAGUCUAUGGCAGGGGAGAGCAAAGGCAUCCAAUCUUCCCCCUCCUCAUCAUCGAUAAAGGCGUGCACGAAGAGCAGCUGGCAGCAGACGGGCAACAUGAUGUUUUACACUGCUGCAGGCGUCAAAGCAAGUGACAAGAUUGCUGGCUUUGACAUUGAUGGCUGCAUCAUCACCACCAAAUCUGGCAAAGUCUUUCCUACGGCACCAGACGACUGGAAGAUUCUGUAUCCUGAGAUUCAGCCCCGGCUCGCCAGUUUGCUCAGAAAAGGAUACAAGGUGGUGUUCUUCACCAACCAGAUGGGCAUCACUAGAGGCAAACUGAGACCCGAGGUCUUCAAGUCUAAAGUGGAGGACGUCCUCGCCACCCUGCAGCUGCCAGUGCAGGUGUUUGUAGCAACUGGUCCGGGUCUUUUUAGGAAACCAGUGAUGGGAAUGUGGAAUCACUUGAGUGAGAAGGCUAAUGACGGUGUGACUGUUGACAAGGCCCAGAGUUUUUAUGUCGGAGAUGCUGCAGGAAGACCUGAGAAUUGGGCUCCAGGAAAGAAAAAGAAGGAUUUUUCAUGCAGUGAUCGGCUGUUUGCUCUGAACAUUGGACUGCUGUUCCACACCCCCGAGGAAUACUUCCUGGGCUGGAAGAGCGCCCCCUACAGCUUGCCUGAGUUUGACCCUAGGAAGCUUGACUCCACAGCCAGGCUUUACGACCCACCAUCAGCCUCGCUCACCUCCAGCGAGACAGAAGUCAUCGUUGCCGUGGGUUACCCUGCAUCUGGUAAAUCCACCUUCUUCCACACCCACAUUGUUCCAAAGGGCUACGUCUACGUCAACAGGGACACACUGGGCUCGUGGCAGAGCUGCGUGUCGGCGUGUGAGCGUGCUCUGAGAGAGGGCCGCAGCGUUGCCGUGGACAACACCAACCCAGACCCAGAGUCUCGCAAACGAUAUGUGGACGUUGCCAAGGCAGCAGGCGUGUCUUGUCGCUGUUUCCAGUUCUCCGCCUCUCUGCAUCAAGCCAAGCACAACAACAGAUUCCGUGAGAUGGCUCCAUCCGACGGCAAACACGCCAAGGUCAACGACAUGAUUUUCCACAGUUACAAGAAACAGUUCGUGGCUCCGGCCCUGUCUGAGGGAUUCUCCCAGAUCCUGCAGGUCCACUUUGUUCCGAGCUUCAGCGACAGCCAGAGUGAAUCUCUGUUCAGACUGUUCUCCGAGGGCUGA